AUGCUUCUAAUUAUACUACUCUCGAGCCUGUUUGCAAACAGUGCAUGUGCUGUAAUCACGGACCUCAAUUGCACGUAUCCUGUCGGUGGUGACCGCAAGUAUGCUCAAUCGGCGGUGAACUGCAAGAACAAAAUUUCCGACGCUAAUUGUGAAAUUCUCUAUGGGGAUGCAGUGAAAGCAGAAACGAACAAUGCAGAUCGAAACGCAAAAUGCGCAGGAAGUCCCGUGAAUCAAGAAUUGCUCCAUACCGCUAUCAAUACUUGCCCCAGACAGUGUGGAUACUGCUGCCUUACACCAGCCUAUAAUUGUCAGAACAAAUUGCAGCCGCGAUAUCCCUGCUCGUCAGUGACGCCGGAUAUGUGCGAAAGUAGAGAAUGGAGGAGUAUUCUCGAAGAGGACUGCCCGAAAACAUGUGGAUUUUGCGAUUCUGGUUCUUGCGUAGAUGAAGCACCUGGCUGCGGCUUGGAGAACUCAUUCAUUUGCCAGAGUAAGAAUUUGGAAGCCUUCGCCAAGCGUUACUGCAAGAAGACAUGCGGAUACUGCAACACUGCAUCUACAGCAGCAACAGGGCAGAAGUGCUAUCGGGUACAGAGCUCUUAUACAUAG